UUAUGGCAAAAGUUGUCUCUUAUUCUUUUAUUUUUUUUUUUAAUCAUAAGGGAAGACUAUGAGAAACUGAAAUCCUGAUAAUCCACUACUAAUUAAAGCGAUUAAUAAUCAGGUAAAUCAUCAGCCAUCAAUUUUCUUCUAUUAUAUUAAUUAAUUCUAUCUUCUCCGUUCAGCUAGAAAUGGACAAUUCAUACGUGUUAAGAUCACUAACUUCACAGGGAGAGACACACAACUUUUCGUCCCCUUUAUAUCCAUUCCUGCUCCUAUAUAUAUAUACCCCCCCCACUUGACACUGCAUUUUGUUGAAAAGUAUCAUAAUAUCAGAACCAGAUAACCCAAGAUUCAACUCUUCCUUCCAAGUUUCAAUCAAUGGCUUCUUCUUCCUUUUACCUAACAAUUAGAGUUAUGAUUCUAGUAAUCUUCAUUCUGGGGAUGGGCUGUUUUGGUUCGGCUUCUGCUGGAAACUUCCUCCAGGAGUUUGAUGUCACUUGGGGAAAUGGUCGAGGGAAGGUACUUGAAAAUGGUCAGCUUCUUACUCUUGCUCUUGAUAAAGCUUCAGGCUCAGGCUUUCAAUCGAAGAAGGAGUAUCUGUUUGGGAAGAUUGAUAUGCAGCUCAAGCUUGUUCCUGGCAACUCCGCCGGCACUGUCACCGCUUAUUAUAUGAAGUCAUCUGGAUACACAUGGGAUGAGAUAGACUUCGAAUUCUUGGGGAACUUGAGUGGUGAUCCUUACACCGUUCAUACAAAUGUGUAUAGCAAUGGCAAGGGUGACAGGGAGCAACAGUUUCGCCUAUGGUUCAACCCUACUACAGAUUUUCACACUUACUCCAUUCUCUGGAAUCCACACUGCAUUGUAUUCUCAAUAGAUGGUACGCCCAUAAGAGAAUUUAAGAACAUGGAGUCAAUUGGUGUUCCCUUCCCAAAAAGGCAGGCAAUGAGGAUAUACUCAAGCCUAUGGAAUGCAGAAGAGUGGGCGACAAGGGGUGGUCUUAUAAAGACUGAUUGGACUCAAGCUCCAUUCACUGCCUCCUAUAGGAACUUCAAAGCUGAGGCUUGCACUUGGUCUUUUGGCAAGCAUUUUUGUUCUCCAAAUUAUGCUUGGCUAAGACAACAAUUGGAUGCAACUAGUCUAAGAAGGCUCAAAUGGGUGCAGAAAAAUUACAUGAUUUACAAUUACUGCACUGACACUAAGCGAUUUUCCCAUGGCUUCCCUCCAGAAUGUUAUCACUCAUCAUAGAGCAUAUAUAUGUAUGUAUUUAUGUAUGUAUGUGUAUGUAUAAACUGGCAAUCACCAUGCAUAUACUUCUCUAGUUCUCUAGUUUCAUGUGUACUUAUAUGUUUUCUUUCACAAAGUGUAAAAUAUGAUUAUUAUAAUAUAAUGUAAAUAUAUUCAGCAAGUUAUAAUAUGAGAAAUUUUAGCU